AUGAAAUUCUUCUUAUUACUAGCUCUGACUCUUGUCAUUAUUUCGACAGAACAAAUUCCAGAAGUUGAUGGAAUAUUGCAAUUAAGUCGUAGAAACUUUUAAUAGGCUUUGGAUGAGCAUCCAAGAUUAUUGGUCAAAUUUUAUAUUGAUACUUGUGGAUACUGGUAUUGAAUAUCAAUUGAUCUUAAGCUAAAAAAUGAAGCCUGUAUUUAUUCAAUUGGCUUAAAGAUUGAAGGAAUAUGGAUUUGUAUUAGGAGAAGUUAAUGCUUAAGAAAGUAAAUCAUUAGCAGCUAAGCAUGAUGCUAAAGCUUAUCCAACAUUGAAAUUGUUUAGAAAUGGAGUAUCACAUGAUUUUCCAAAUUCUUCUGAUUCUUUAGAAAUGUUAUUUGAAUUUGCUCUAUAACAUUCUUAUGGACCAAUAACAAAAUUAUAGACUUAAGAAGAGGUAUAUUAAUAUUUAACAUUUGAUUAGAUUGAUUUGUUUUUGAAAAGAUCAAAUAUUGCAGUUCUUAAAUAUGUAAAUGAUUAAGCUGAUUUAUCAAGUGUAAGUUUGGAUCAUAUAUAAGUGAGAUUUGGAAUAGUGGAAAAUAGUUAACUAUAAUAAGGUUAUCCUCAUAAAUAUACAUUAAUAAAUAAGGAUAUUGAGAAGCCAAUUCAUUAUAAUGGUGAUAUAGAUGGGUUAUCAGAAUUCAUUUCAACAAAAGGGUAUCCACUUGUAUUCUCUUUGAAUGAAGAGGAAUUCAUGAAAGUAGAAAGUGAUAAGAAACCUUUAAUUGGAUUUGCAGGAUAAAAGAAUGGAGUUCUUCAUAAAAGAUUAAAAUAUAUUGCUGAACAAUAUGCUAAUUCAACUAGAUUUGUGAUAAUAGACCCAUAACUCGAAUUAUGUAACAGAAGAUUUGAAUAUUUGAUUAAAUAAAGUUAGGUUGCUUAGAAUACAAUAUAUUACUAUGAUUAUGAGUAUAUAUAUUUAUUUAUGUUUUAGAACCAAGAAAACAACUACAACAACAUUUAAUGAUGAUUCAGUUGGAUCAUUAAAGAAGGCUAUUGAUUCUUUAAUAGAAGAAGUAACAGCUCCAAAAAGAGAAGCAGAAAGAUUAGCAAAAUUAAUAAAAGGUGAUGGUUAAGUACAUAAAUUGACAAAAGAAAAUUUCAUAGAAUAAGUAUUUGAAAAUCAUAGACAUAUAUUUGUUAAAUUCUAUGCUCCAUGGUGUGGUCAUUGUUAAUCUUUAGCACCUACUUUUGAGAAAUUGGCUUAAGAGUUAAAUAGGGAUGAUAUAGUAAUUGCUGAAGUAGAUCAUACAGCAAAUCAAAUUGAUGAUAUUCCUAUUGAAGGAUAUCCUACUUUAUAUCUAUUUAAAUAAGAAGGUGAUACUAAAACAAGAAAGGAAUAUGAGGGAGACAGAUCUUUCUAAGGGAUGAAAGCUUUCUUAGAAAGAAAUUUAGGUAAAGUUGAGAGUGGAGAAAAGAAAUAACCUGAAUUCAGUGAAAUAAAGAAUGAAGGCACAGUUAUUUCUUUAACAAGUGAAAACUUUGAUCAUGUUGUUUUGAAUAGCAAAUAAGAUGUAUUAGUAAAGUUCUUUGCUCCUUGGUGUGGGCAUUGUAAAGCUAUGGCAGAAUCCUAUAAGGAGCUAGCUUAGAAUUUGAAAGAUAACUAGAAUGUACUUAUUGCUGAAAUGGAUUGGACUACUCAUUAAACAAGUGCUGUUGAAAUAAAAGGAUUCCCUACAUUAAUAUUCUUUAAGAAAGGAUAAGAUAAACCAGAACAAAUAAAGUAUCAGUCAGCUAGAACAGCUGAAGCCUUAGCUAAGUUUAUAGAAGACAACAAUAGUUUUGUAAAGAAAGAAGAUUUGUGA